CAACUUUUACUUGCUGAAGAAGAGACGGCUUCACUGGUGACAGAAGAAACAGGCCGGGCCUAUGCUUUUAUUCGACAAAAUGCACGGUCUGACAGUUCUCCUGCUGAUGAUUUUUAUAUCAUUCAGAAUUAAGGAGACACAAGGUAGGAAUUAUGAUGUUUUAAAUACAUAUUUCUUUCAUAUUUCUCUCAGAAAUUUCACUUUUUUGGGGGUGGGUUCUACUUCCGGGUUUUCUUAAGCUGUACUGUUGCUUUGGAAAAGUUUGAAACGAGUCAAAAAGUUCGCAUUUGAUAUAUUUUGUGACUCUGUUGUCUCACAGGUUGCUCAACGAUAAACAAAACCUGUGUGGAAAUAAAACAGGAGGACGGUUAUGGCUUCGUACACAAUUGUCGUCGGGGCAGUAGAAUUCGUGUGUCUGAAAACGAGGUAUUUUAAUAUCCCUUCAAACUUUAAAAUAGUUUUAUAGUUUUGUGUGAUGAAAUGAUAAAAUAUGUGUGGCUUUUGAACUGAUUGUUUAUGAGAAAUCAAAGUCUUUUGUUCUGAUUUGUUAACUUUUUUUUACAGAUUACUGUAGCGUAUUCGUACCCUGAAAUCAAAUAUCUGCGAAAGGGAAUGACAUUAAACGACACUACCUUCGUCAUGCAACAGUGCAAUAACCUGAAGAUAAAGUGCACAUUCAAUAAUGUAAGUCUUUCCGGACUGGAACAUGUCUUCACACCAACUUUGAAAAGUUUUAGUAUAACAAUGAAAUGUCAAUAAUAAGACAUUUAUUUUUUGUAUUAUAGGGUGGCCGAGCUGAAGACAUCUGUAUGGACUUCAACAUUAUAGGUAAGGUUAUAUGACCUAUGUGAUUAUGUUACUAAUAGUGUAAUCUUGGCUUGCUGUGAAAAUGAAAUGUACAUUUAUCUUACUGCUUUAUCUUAAACAGAGCCACCAAAGAGUCUUACUUCUACUUCUACUACUCCUCCUCCUGUUACUGCGCCACCACCAAACGACCAACUCAGUGAGUCUCCGUGAUUGUAGUGGCUAGAAAUACUGUUGUUGAACUAACUUUAAUUUGCUGUAAUAAACCUUUGAACAAAUAUUUGAUGGUAACAUGUUUGCAUGUUGUCUGUUUUCCAGUCACAGGAUUAUGUAUUGGGAUAUGCCUGAUUAUGAUAAUCGGGUGCAUUGUGGGUUCUCAUUGUGGUUUCUUCAAAUCCUGUUGCCAAAAAAAGUAAGUUCCGUUAUAUUUUCUUCAACGUUCAAAUGUCGUUUACAAAUUCAGCCAUUUUGUAGUGUCGAGUGUUGUUUUUUCCUGUAUUAGCAGAGCCCACUGUAGCUACACUUCCUGACUUCUGAGGGGGAUUUCUAAAAUAGGCGAGGCCAAAGAAACUCACUCUGUUACUUCUCACACAGUCACAAAUGCAAUCCUACUCCUGUUUUAUAUCAGGACUUCAAGAAAUUAUUCCCACUUAAGUGUAAAAUCUCUUUCAAAUGUUGUCUUUAGCUUAAUUUAUUUUAUCCAAUAAAACAGAUAAACUUCUAUGUUCAUCCUCAUAACUCAUUGUAACUAAUUAUAUGAUUUUCCCUAAGACAAAAGGAAGAAACUGAAGACCAGAAGUCUCCUGAUUCAAACAUGGACAACAGUCGUAACAUCACGAUUGAGUGAGUAAAUGUUCAAAAGCUGCCAUCGGCACAUAUCAUUCAAGUUGUGCACACGCUCAUCUUUUCUUUAUCAUUAUAGGAUGAAUGGAAUACAACCUGCCAAUGGCGCAUGUAAUGAAAAUGAGAAAAACGGCACACUUGAAAGUGUCAAAGUCCAAAGGUGAGCUGUGACAUUAAGUUCUUUUCUGAUCUCCUUUUAGCCUGUUAGUAAAAUCAUCAAAUUUUGUUUCUCACUAUAGUUUCAAUUCUAAAUGUUGUAAAAGCUGCCUCUGUCUCUACAGUGCCGAGAGGGAGGCUCCUCCAAACCUCAGUCCGAACCACAUUGCGGAAAGCGAUGAGGAAAACCAGGCUAAAGAGUAAAGAGAUUUUUCAACCUCUGUUGUCUUUUUAUCUCUAACAAUUUAGGUGAAAUGUCCAUUUACCCAGUCUGUCAGAAAUGAGACUCAACUCUUAUAUUUAUCUUGCAGUGGGGGUGCAAGUGUCCCAGAGAGAGCCAUCACAUGCCGAGAUAUGCAAAGGUAAGACUCAAAUGUUUGUAUAUUAUGUUUCCUUUGAAAUACUUUGAAAUUAAGGUUUAAAAAUCUUUUUUUUUCAAUUUCAUUUUAAUGUGUGUGUCUUUCUGAGGAACCUGAGAGAUGAUCCCGGAGGAAUGAACGGCCAUAAACCCAAAGGCAAUGUUGGGUUAGUCAAUAACUUAAAAGUUAAAAUAAUCAGUUUUAUUGCAGAUGCUACAGGAUCAUAGAGUUCAAAAGACUUUCUUUUUUGUUUAAUCUUUUAAGUUUACACUUUUUAAAAAAAUAUAUGGUGAUUUACGACAUAGAUAAAACACUACAGCAUCUCCCUGCUUCUGCCAUGAUAGAAAUUGACACCCCUGCACUUUUAAAUGGCACAAUACUCGAUAAACUCAAAGACAACUCGGCUGACAAAUCAAAAGUAUUAUGAUCUUUGUGUCAAGUGGAUUUAAAAUAUCACAGGUGGGUUAAGAGUUUGGGCUACCGCAUACAAGCAAAGUAAUCUGACUGAUGUCAGCUGGUAACCACAUCACAGAUGGUGGCAGAGCACCACUCUGGAGUGUGUAAACCGUUAAUCCACCUGUGGAUGAAACUGAAUUGAAGGAAUUUAAUACAGAAACCCCUGCAUGUUUCCUCAUGUCUAACAGUGCUUUCUAUUAUAAAAAAUAAAAAUAAGCAAUUUGAAGUUGUAUCUAACUUCCCUGUUACGGUUUCAGACGACACUAAAGUUGCAGUGCAGCUUUUUUGAAUGACAAAUAUAAAAGCCAAGAUCAAAAGUUAAUUUCAUUUCAUGCUGUGAUUCCCAAAUCUUCACAUUCUUAAAAUAAAAAAAACUAAUUUGAAAUGCAAGAUAACAAACUUCUUAACAGAUCAUUAAAAUAUAAUCUAUCUCCACAAAUUCAGAAAUCCAUUAUAAAAUAAAAUGUAUGUUAAAGUAGCUCUAAGAGCUUUAAGCCCUAAAAAGAACCGAAAAAAAAAGACUUUUUCUUUAACAAUAUGUCAGACACUGACAAGUACAACCUGUUUUAUGCAUGUUGAUAGUGGUUGUGAAUUCUCCUGCAGAAUUGAGGCAAUGCAGAAUGGAUGGACUCUCGGUGGUCGUGGUCCUAAAGAAGAUGAGACUGUAAGAGAGCCGCUGCUGCCUAUUCAGAGGUGAGACGGCGUUUGUUGAUUUAUCUCUCUGUUCUCAUGACUUGUGCCCAAAGAGAAAUAUCUGUCACUUCCCUGUUUGCACUUUCCCUUAAAGCUUUCUAUUACUUCUGUUGCUGCUGUCUGGACAGCUGUCAGGUGUAACUUUAUGAACAACUCCUCUCCACAUAUUUGAAGGGCUAGUCUGAGUUUCAGAACUUGUCUGAGGUCUGCUCGGAAAGUAAACAUGAAACUCUGCUGUUUCUGUGCAGACGUUUGAGCCUCUUUUCUGCUGUUUCUGUCUGCAGUGCUGCCAUCCAACCUUCGAACAUGUCAGGCGAAGAUAAAGCUCUGGUGGACAAGAGCUGCUUCGACCCUGGCCCCAUCAACGUGUGCUCUGUAGCACAAGUGAGUAGAGCACACAAUGUAGAAUUACUGUGUCAAGAGUUUUUUUUUACUUUGUUGUCGUUUUCAUAAGCAAUUAUUGUUUUCUUUGUUACAGGACACUGAUGUGGAGUCAGCACACGACUUGAAGAACAUAAAUAUAUACUAAAUAUAUACUAAAUAAUAAUAACAAUAUUAUUGAUAAUGAUAAUAAUAAUCAUAAUUAUGAGAAUACCUUAUAUUUAUCAUCCUCACAGUACAUGUAUGUGGUACUCUUUUAGUCCUUUGUUUGGGAUUAUUACAUAUCGCAGAUUCUGUUCAAGCAUAUUUCUGAGAGAUCAUAAGAUCCAUUUUUAAGAAACCCUACCUUCAGGAUUUAAUAUGACGACAAAAGCAUCUAUAAAUCAUUCUAAAAGCAGAGGUUUUGACCACCCAGUGGAAACUGGUGUUGUCAGGAUUGGACUCUUCACCCACACGCCAUCAGCUGUGCAGGCAGUCUUUUGAUUUUGGCCGUCACAUUUAAAACAUUAUCAGACUGCAAAACCUGAUAUAGUCAUUAUGAACUAACUGAGGUAAAAAGCACUGAUCACAUUUUAGAAACGAACAUGUGGAUUGUUUGUUUCACGAUUUGACCAAAACAUGCGGGACCACAUACACAGCUGUGAGGAUGAUCAAUAUUAUACAAUAAAUAUUAUGUAUAAUGUACAGUAGUAGGCAUGUUUGUUAAGAGUAUAAAUAACUAUAUAAUUGUCAUUUAUUAUAUCUAUACUGGUUAUAAAUGCGCAUUAUACAUCAAACAUGCAUUUUAAAGCUUAAUGAAAUCAUUUUAUCUUUUGUGUCAUGAUAUUUUACUUGUAUUAAUCUAAACUGAUUCUCAUCUCUUGAUUCAUAUUUGUAACCUAAAGGUACAGUGUGUAGAAAUAGGAACAUUAAGCAAUAUCUAAUGAUCAUAUUCUGCACUGAAAUUCCUUGCUCACCCUCCCUGUUGAUGAAAUUCUAGAUGUGAAGGUGGUUUUCACGGACAUGUAUCUUCUGUGAUGUUUAAUUGGCAUGAUUUUUUUAAGUUUGCUUAUUUUGUGCCACUGUAGGGCGGCCCCAGUGGUUGGGGAACCGUGCCUAUGUUUUUAAAAGAUUUAUUUACAGGCUUUUUAUCUCAAUUUGGCCUCCUCGGGAUGAGAGAGUGGGAUGUGACAUGGAAAGGGAUCCAAAGGCUUGAAGCAAACCUAGGCAUAACUUCCGUUAACUAACUAACAAAAGACCAAAAAAAAAAAAAAAUCAGCUUUUGCUUAUUUACGUUAACAAAUAUGAUAUCUGAUUUUAACCACGUUUGCUCUGCUGAAUAACACACACUGUACCUUUAAGGAGAUGUUUUUAUCAUGUAUUUGCUGCCUACCUAUGUAAUCUUUUGCAUCGCAAUAAGCAUCAUAUUACUUAUUGCGACAUAUAUACUCCUGUUUACCAUAUGUGUGAAAAUAAAUCAUGUAGCCUAUAUUCGAAGUUAGAAAUAAAUCAUUUUAUCCACCCUG